GUCCACAGGUUGAGUGGCGACCGUGGCAGGACGGCGUGGAGAGGCAAGCGGCAGGACACCCCGGAGGAGACGAGUCCUCCCGCGCGAGCGCCGCAACACUCGACCGCCAGCGCGAUGGGCGGGAGCCAGAGCAGUGGCUCGACUGGGUCACACAACGGGUCAUGGGUCGUGGACACUGGCAACUUCACCACGCUGGGCCCGCUGCCGUGGUGCGGCGUGCUGCAGAGCCCGCAGCACCUGCUGUUCCAGCUGGCCAACGCCUGCUUCGUCAUCUCCUACGCGGCGCCCAGCAGCCCCUACGGCGUGCUCUUCAUGCACUCCGCGCUCAUACUCGGCUUCAUGCUGUUCUCGUUCUGGGCGUGGAACGUGAUCUGCGCGCCCGACGUCUUCUCGUGGAACUUCAGCUUCAUGCUGCUCAACAUGGGGCAGCUGGUCUACAUCAUCUACCAGAUGCGGCCCGUCAAGUUCGACCCGGAGCUCGAGGAGGCCUACCACACGCUCUUCGAGCCGUUCAAGGUGUCGCGUCUCCAGUUCAAGAAGAUGGUGAGCGCCGAAUUCGCCCAGAUCAUGUCGCUGCAUGCCGGCGAGGCGUACGCCAUGCAGAACAUCACGCGGACCGACCGGCUGGGACUGCUGCUCUCUGGAAAGGUGAAUGUCAUGUGGGAGCACCAGUUCCUGCACCCCAUCAUGCCGUGCGAGUUCCUCGACUCGCCGGAGUUUGAGUCCAGUCGGGCCACCACAGACGAGAAGUUCAAGGUGUCGAUCAUCGCGGCGACGAGCUGCCGCUACCUGUACUGGCAGCGGUCGGCGCUGGAGUACCUGUUCGUCAAGGAGACGUACCUGGCGACCGUGCUGAGCACGCUCGUGGCGCGCGACAUCACCGUCAAGCUGUACUCCAUGAACAGGAAGAUCGUGACGGAGAAGGGCUCGCACCUGGACAUCCGGCUGCCCAGCAUCACGUCGUCGCUGACGUCGGAGCUGCGCAGCCCGCCGCGCGCCGUGCGCCACAGCACUCUGCUGGCCGGCGGGGCUCCCGCCUCCCCGGACUCAGUGUUCAGUGGCAGCCGUGAGCGACUGUGCCCUAAGGAGAACGGCCUGGGGUCGCUGUUGCCCAACGGCCGGCUGCUGGAGAUGGCGCCCCUGCGCGAGCUGCCGUCCAGGGACCACCUCGACCUGCCGGACGUCACCAGCGGCGUCGAGCGCUGGCUCGAGUCGGCCGCGGUCGCCGCAGCUCGCAAGUAGCUUCCCCCGCUGUCCUCUCCGGUGGAUAGAUGCAGCUGUCAGAUGGCGCCCACUACUGUCGCCACAGCUCGCCCGUCUCUGGCAAGUCGCCUGUGGGCUCCAAGCAGCCGUCUUCGCCACGAUUAGCAAGUAGCUGUCCUGCACUGACCCAUCCGGCAGUUACGUGCAGUUUUCAGUAACUGCAGAGUGAUGUCGGCUACUGGCCCAAGUCAGUUGCUGAUUGGCUCAAGUCAGCCGCUGUUGCCUCGGAUCACCAGCAGCAGUCCGGUGGCUGUGUCCAAGUGUCAGGCACUGCAAAUGAAUGGUUUCAGUCAGUUGCUGCUUCUGUGGUGACAAACAGCUGACACAGUGCUGUUCCAACUGAUGACACAGGCGACUGUGUGACACCACAAGUAACGUCGAAGUCUACCAUUUUCGUAGUGGCCCCCAGGUGACUGCACUAUGCUGUCGUGUCUAAUAACCUCCUGCAGCUGUCAUGUACCACAAGAGACGUCCGGCACUGGUUCGAGUCGUCUGCUGCCACUGUGGCUCCCAAGUGCUGUCCUGCCCUGUGACCACAUUCAGCUAUAGUGCACCACAAGUGAUGUCAACUGCUAGCUCGAACCAGCCACUGUGGCUCAGUUUGCAAGUAACAGCCCCCACACUAUCCAGUCUAGCAACCACCUGCAAUACACAGAAGACUCACAUGUCAAGUGAUAACUCGAGACAGCCACUGUCGUUGAGACUUGCGAGUAACUGGCCCACACUAUUCUAUCUCAUGUUCCAACUCUCAAGCAUCAUAGUUGGCCUCGAGCAGUGGAGUAUGGCAUCUGACAUUUAGACUAGGUGUGAUGCUUCUGCAUCUCGUUACCGCUUCAGCCUGCUUGGUACCAGCAUUGCUGUUGAGCACUGCCUCGUGUCUCUACAACUGGCAGGUAGAUACCUACACAAUGCAGGUGGUCCUGAUGGAUAAGCUUAAAUGCUUUGACGAACUCGGCCUUAUUGCCGCUGAUCAGAAGUACGAAACUCUGCAAAGUAAAUUUUCUUGAAGUUUCCAGCUAUACCAACUGGCUGCCACCAACCCGUUGGAGUGAUCAAUGGGGGCUGUGAUUUCCAAGAGGGCCCUCCACAAUGUGUGUGGUACAGUUUCUGUGGAAGAUCGACACAAUCACCAAACACCUCCUAGACGUGGCCAACGGAGAUCUCUUUCAGCCUCUAUUGGUGCUGUUGCUGUCAUCUGGAAGCAUUUUAAGCUUAUGUAUUGGGAAAUGAGCUAGGCCUGCUAGAAACCCGUUAAUAAAUAUGAAAAUAAAGAGACAAGUUGAGCUUUACAACAUAUUCAACCUUAAUAACAGAAGUAAAAGACGCUAACAACAGAAAAACUAAGCGUGUUUAGUGCAUACCAAAAUGGUAAAGUGUCAGUGAUUUGUUUGCCUGCUGCUUCACUUCAUGAUAAUACUACAAUAGAAUGCGAAAUGUCACAUAAUGUAGAUAAAUGCUAUCAUUGCAGUUGAUAACUGGUAAUGUGAGUCGAUAUAGUGAGGAUUCAGAUGUGAAUACUUGCAGUAACGUAUGGUGAGUGUUCCGGGUCAUGAAAACCUGCAUACAGGCCUGCUACAUCUGCGAGUGGUGAGCUAAAUGAACGAUGGUAGUGAUGAGUUCUUUUGCAAGGUGCCUCCGUUAUAAACUAUCAGCCAACCAUUUCUGAUACGUUCUAAAAAUUCUUCCUGUUCACCUUCUGUUCCAGUUAUAGGGAAUGUAUGAAAUUACAAGUGGAACAUUUUGUGAAUGGGGUAACGUUGAAAACCAGUUUUUCAUUGCUUCUUGCCACUUGGCAGUCUGUGAGUGGGAAUGCUGUUGUAGGGAGCAGGCUUUCCUUGUUACACUGCAGGACGCUUUGCUUCACAGCGACUCAUACAAUCUCCAGAAUACUUGAAAGCCUGAAAAUUUUGGUACAUAGAGGACAAACACAUGGACUAGAAAGAAAAUGAACAUUGCUUUUUACCUUGUCUCUCACCUGUUCGCCUUCUUUGAUUGUACUGAUGAAACAGUCUGACGCAGCAGCAAUUUUUGUUUAAUUUAUGGUACUACCCAUAACAGUGCGAUUCGCAAAGAUUUCUGACUAAACCUCAUCCUUAGCAAAAUGUCCUGCUGUGCCAACAAUUGCAAAAUAGGUGAUUAUGUAAACAGCCUUUGUGUAAAUGAAGACUUAACUUACCUGGUGUUUCUGCUAUCAUGCCUGUUCCUCAGCUGAAUGAAACGGUGUGUAAUAUAGACAUCUAUCAGAAGGACUAAUUACUAUUGUACAUCCAUCCAUAGAAAUGGAAUUCCAGUUAUGUUGUCUCUCCUCUUGUAAAGAUACGUUCUUAAUGGGGAACCAGUCCUCAAAUCUGAAACAGACAAACAGACCCAAAAGGCAAUGUACACUUAUAAUCACAAUCCACAUGUAAUAAAAUGCACUGCCUAAAGAUGUAUACUUCAAUAAACGAUAAGAGAGGACUAACAUGCAACUGUAACUUACAAAGAGGUGACUGAAUGAACACAUAUGUUUCUAAUAAUCAUGAUACUUCAAACAUAGGAGUGACGAUAUUAUGGGAUUUCGUGGUCUUAUUGGAUGCAGAAUGUCAAUAAACUACCCUCGAAAUUUGGCACCAGACAAAAGGUGUGUGACUCUCAGAUGCUGUUACAUAGACAGAAAAGCUGCAAUUAUAAAUGACUUAUCCAACACAUCUUCCAGGUAAUGAAUGUUUGUAACAUAGGCAUAAUUACAUGUGCAAUUUAUUGUCUACUAUUUGCAGUGCUUUGUGAUACAUUGAUGUAUUAUUUUACCAUAAACGAAUUAUGUUAUCUUUGCCAUCCAUGGCUGAUCAGUUUUGUAAAAUGUAUGUAUCUGAAGUAUUCUGAUAAUAAAUAUGGAAAAUUGAACUGAAAACUAA